CGGGCAGUGAGCGAGAGUGCACUAGGCGUGAGGACGACGAGCAGUGCGUUCAUCUGGGGAGGGGGGCUAGAGACAGAGGGAAGGGGAUCUGUUGUGCUGUUGAGCCACCAGGGCCUGCUGAAUUUUCAGAAAACAACAAUGGAACCUGCCUGAGAAGCGUCCGCUCUGCUUUUGAGUAUGUUAAGCUGUAGUUCUGGAAGACUGUUUGGCAUCGCAUGGAAGGCUGAUGGAUGUCAGAAGCAGUUCGCUGGGCGUUGAGUGUGUCUGUAAGGUGUAUAUACACAUGUGCCGUGCACACAGCGACGUGUGGGAGUGGACUGUGGGAUAAUUUUGUUAAGGUGUGUCCUGGCCCCAGGCCCCCUCUGUGGAUGUCUGUCACCAUGGCGAAGUUUGAGACCGGCCGCACAAGUCCAGUGGUCCGCCAGAUAGACAAGCAGUUCCUGGUGUGUAGUAUCUGUCUGGAUCACUACCACAACCCCAAAGUCCUGCCCUGCCUGCACACCUUCUGCGAAAGGUGCCUACAGAACUACAUUCCUCCUCAGUCCUUGACGCUGUCCUGCCCGGUGUGCAGACAGACCUCCAUCUUGCCCGAGAAAGGUGUGGCGGCACUACAGAACAACUUCUUCAUCACAAACCUCAUGGAGGUGCUGCAGAGAGACCCAGAAUGUUCUCGGCCAGAGGCCUGCAGCGUGCUGGAGUCUGUCAGUGCAGCAGCCGCUGGGAAACCGCUCUCCUGCCCCAAUCACGAGGGCAAGGUGAUGGAGUUUUACUGCGAGUCGUGUGAGACGGCCAUGUGCCUGGACUGCACGGAGGGGGAACACAGGGAGCAUGUGACCGUUCCAUUGCGGGAUGUUCUAGAACAGCACAAAGCAGCGCUAAAGAACCAGCUGGAUGCUAUACACAACAGGCUGCCCCAACUAACAGCUGCCAUUGAGCUGGUGAAUGAAAUCUCUCAACAGCUGAUAGAGAGGAAGAACGAAGCCGUCAAUGAGAUCAACAUGACAUUUGAGGAGCUCGAGAGGGCAUUGCACCAACGCAAAGCUGCACUCGUCACUGAUCUGGAGAACAUUUGUAGCACCAAGCAGAAGGUGCUUCAGGCGCAGCUAUCGUGUCUACUGCAGGGAAAAGAGCACAUUCAGAGCAGCUGCAGCUUCACUGAGCAGGCCCUGAACCACGGCAGCGCCACCGAAGUCCUGCUGGUCCAAAAGCAGAUGAGCGAGCGUGUGAGCGCCCUCGCCUGUCACGACUUCCCUGAACGGCCGCACGAGAACGCCCAUUUGGACUGCCAGAUAGAGACAGAAGGCCUGCGACGCUCCAUCCAGAACCUGGGUGUCCUGCUAACGACGGGAGCCGUGGGACACACCAGCGUGGCCACAGGAGAAGGCCUCAGACAUGCGCUGGCCGGUCAGCACGUGACUGUAACUGUUACCACUAAGGAUAAGGACAGCGAGCUUGUGCGGACCGGUAACGCGGUCCUCCGAGCCGAGAUAACGGGGCAGGACGGAGUGCGGGCGACGGACGUGGAAGUCGUGGACAAUAAAAACGGAACGUAUGAGGUAGGGUACACACUUAAGAGCGAAGGGGAGUACUCGUUCUCUCUGAUGCUGUACGGACAGCCUGUGCGGGGCAGCCCGUUCAGACUGCGGGCGAUAAAGCCCUCGGACGUGCCCCAGUCUCCAGAUGAUGUGAAGAGGAGGGUAAAAUCUCCCAGCGGAACAGGAGGACACAUAAGGCAGAAAGCUGUACGGAGACCCUCCAGCAUGUACAGCACUACCAAAAAGAAGGAAAACCCUAUUGAAGAUGAGCUCAUUUAUAGAGUAGGCUCUCGUGGACGGGAGAAGGGAGAGUUCACCAAUCUACAGGGCAUCUCUGCUUCCAAUAAUGGGAGGGUCAUUGUAGCAGACAGCAACAACCAGUGUAUUCAGGUUUUUACCAAUGAUGGGCAGUUCAAAGCACGCUUCGGGGUCAGGGGUCGUUCUCCAGGACAACUGCAGAGGCCGACAGGAGUAGCAGUCGACACAAAUGGAGACAUUAUAGUAGCUGAUUAUGAUAACAGAUGGAUCAGCAUCUUUUCCCCUGAUGGGAAAUUCAAGAAUAAGAUCGGUGCAGGCCGUCUGAUGGGACCCAAAGGAGUGGCUGUGGACAGGAACGGUCAUAUCAUUGCAGUUGAUAAUAAAGCCUGCUGUGUGUUCAUCUUUCAAUCUAAUGGCAAACUAGUGACCAAGUUUGGAGCCAGAGGCACUUCAGACAGACAAUUCGCAGACAAAAGUGGUGCAAAGUUUGCACUGGAGCAAAAGUUUAGUAAAUCUGGCCCUGGGUUCAGUCCACAUUUUGUUGCUGUCAACAACAAAAAUGAAAUUGUCGUGACAGACUUUCAUAACCACUCCGUCAAGGUCUACAGUGCAGAUGGGGAGUUUUUGUUUAAAUUCGGGUCCCAUGGAGAAGGAAACGGCCAGUUUAAUGCCCCCACAGGGGUAGCUGUUGAUGUUAACGGCAACAUCAUUGUAGCAGACUGGGGCAACAGCAGAAUACAAGUGUUUGACAGCUCAGGCUCAUUCCUCUCCUACAUCAACACAAGUGCUGACCCUCUGUAUGGGCCGCAGGGCCUCGCUUUAACCUCCGACGGCCACGUUGUGGUGGCCGAUUCUGGUAACCACUGCUUCAAAGUCUAUCGAUACCUGCAGUAACAGCUCAUCACAGUCUGCAGUCAUAUCAGCGAAAUCCUCCGCCAAACCCGAGAGGAGGAAUCGAAUGAACAGAUUGCACUUUUCUUUAAUCUUCUGCUGAUUUUCAUGUUCCAAAACUAAAGAACUGCUUCUCUAAUAAACUGGGAAUGUUGAUUGUAAAUAACAGAAACCAUAUCAAUAAGCACAGAUUCUUAUUAGAAAUCAUGUAAGUUGUGUAUAAAUAAAAUCUAUAUAGCAAAACAUUUUGUUAAUAGCCAUCUUCAACCCUUGCAGAAAAUUCCAAAAUUUCUGUCUCCUGUUUCAUGGUGGUUGACCUUCCCAUGACUGCAACAGUUGUGUAUUUUAAUUGUUACAUUCUGCAUCUGUAAAUAUACAGAUUUGUGUACAUAUUAACAUAUAUGGUGUAUGUAACAUGUAAAUGACACUGGCUUCUUGUAUUGUCCUAUGACAGCAUUUGCCACUGAGAUUUCACUAUACCUGAGCUAUUCGGUGAGCGCUUUCAGUUCAAAUCAUUCAGAUCGAACUUCUGAGCUGAUCAUCCCUCAGCACAGGAAGUGAUGCGCAUCCCUGCUGUGCUCUUUAAAGAAAAUGUAACCACUAAACAAAAGGAGCCAAAAAGGACAUAUUUUUUCCAUUCCAAAUUAUUUAUUUUUCUAAAGCACAAGGCUACUUUACAUGUUGAAAAAUCCAGCUGAACGAAGAAAUAUAAAUAUAAUCAAACCCAAGUAUUUCACAUAUAUUGCCUCUGAUUUUUAACGUUCUCUAAAGAUGAUCAGCUAUGUGGAAUUAUGUCUCUUCUCUGUAAAUAAUCGUACGUUGUGUUCACAGUGUAGCAAUCAAAUGUUGUCUUUAGUCAGUAUUAUAGUUUAUGCUUCAUUUGUCUAUUUAUUUAAUGUUUUGUACACAACUUCCUGAAUAAUUCAUUUCGAGGCUGUCCUUCAUCACCAGCGAAUUAUUUAAAAAAAAAAAAAAAAAAUCACCUCCCUUUAAUUUUGUGGAGUUUUGUCUCUUUGAAGGUUAUGUGACACCAAGUCUCCUUAAUAGGCUACCCUCUGUGAUACUGUACAAGGUUAAUGAACGGUGGCUCACAGUUGAAAUGGUGAACGUAUAUCUUAAUAUCUGUGCGAAGAACAUUUUUGCAUGUUACUGAUUUUACUAGCAUUGGCAUAUGGUUUCUGCAGUGAGAUACCUGUAAUGAUUUGCUGGAAAUUAAAAAAAUGUAAUAACCAAAAAAAAAUUCUAUACUGUAUAUUGAUUCAUAAUAUAUGCGAAUUGCAAGCUGACAAUUAGUUGCUUCCGUUGCGAUAAAGGCCCAUUCACAAUAAGAAUGAUAACUGUAAUAGUAACUAUAACAAGAUAAUCGCUCUCGCUGACAAAGUUGCUGUCAAUUUUAGUUUUCGCGAGCAAAAUUCAGUGUUACUUUAAUUUAUGAUCCACAAGAUCAGGAAUUUUUCAUCAAAGCAAAAAAAAUUCCAAACACAGAUUUCAUAAAUUCAAGUUGGUCACACGAAUUCGGCGCAUUGAUCCACUGUGCUUUGUGAAACUAUAGACAAUGGACUUUUUCCUUGCAAAAUUUCUCUAAUGUCACACCAUGGCAAUAGUUUCGGAGUUUUCCUCUUUCAUCCAAUCAUUUUAGAAUAAACAAAGUUAUCGUCCAUCGGUGCAAGCACUAAUAU